UUUUUCGUUAAGUUUUUUUUUUUCGCCCCCUUGCUCCCCCUCGGCCGCUUUCUCGCAUGAAUCUCCUCGACCCUUUCAUGAAAAUGACAGAAGAACAGGACAAAUGUAUCUCCGACGCCCCCAGCCCCACCAUGUCGGAUGACUCCGCCGGCUCCCCCUGCCCCUCUGGAUCCGGCUCGGACACGGAGAACACCAGACCGCAAGAAAACACCUUCCCCAAGGGAGACCCGGACCUGAAGAAGGAGAACGACGAGGACAAGUUCCCGGUGUGCAUCCGGGAGGCGGUGAGCCAGGUGCUGAAGGGCUACGACUGGACCCUGGUGCCGAUGCCGGUGCGGGUGAACGGCUCCAGCAAGAACAAACCGCACCCGCACGUCAAGCGGCCCAUGAACGCCUUCAUGGUGUGGGCGCAGGCCGCCCGCAGGAAGCUGGCGGAUCAGUACCCGCACCUGCACAACGCCGAGCUCAGCAAGACCCUGGGCAAGCUCUGGAGGUGAGUGGGAGCGGGGCCGGGACGCCCGUGGCGAGCGGGGGAUGCGGAGCGCGCUGCGCCGGCGGAGCCCCCCCCCCACCCCGACUACAAGUACCAGCCCCGGCGGAGGAAGUCGGUGAAGAACGGGCAGGCGGAGCAGGAGGAGGGCGCCGAGCAGACCCACAUCUCCCCCAACGCCAUCUUCAAGGCGCUGCAGGCAGACUCGCCCCAGUCCUCCUCCAGCAUCAGCGAGGUGCACUCGCCCGGGGAGCACUCGGGUGGGUACCCGGGGAGCCUGCGGGGGGCACGGAGCACGGCCCGAACCGGAACCCCAAAACCACCCCAGAGCUGUGACCACAGCUACAGCUCGGGUCUGGGGGUGGUGCUGAUGGGGCCCGGACCCGCGCGUGACCCACGGCCCCCCCCGCAGCAGCAGCAGCAGCAGCAGCAGCUGAGCUACAGCUCCUUCAACCUGCAGCACUACAGCCCGUCCUACCCCAGCAUCAGCCGCGCCCAGUACGAGUACGGAGAGCACCAGGGCUCCUCGGGCUCCUACUACAGCCACGCCGGGCAGGGCGGCGGGCUCUACUCCACCUUCAGCUACAUGAGCCCCACGCAGCGCCCCAUGUACACCCCCAUCGCCGACACGGCGGGGGUGCCCUCCAUCCCCCAGACCCACAGCCCGCAGCACUGGGAGCAGCCCGUCUACACGCAGCUCACCCGGCCCUGAGAGCGGCCAGCGGGGAGGAAAC